AGCUGCCUAGCCCCAGAGCCAGGACUAAGCCCUCUCUUCCCUAGAGGCUGCUUAGUACUUGACUCCUCCUCCAUCCUUAGCUACGUGAAGUCCGAGCCAGGAGACACGCCCUUCCCUACCGGUUGCCUCUAACAACGAGAGGACGCGUCCCGCUCAGCCAAACGGAUCUCUCCCGCCUGCAGGUGCUUACUAUACAAGGCGAGAGGGUGAAGCCAUGUCGGACAUUGUAUGCAGGUGGUUAAACCAGGAGGUGAAGCUGUCCCGGACCGUGAGUCCAAAGGCACUUGAAAAAGAUUUUUCUAAUGGCUUCUUACUUGGAGAACUUCUGCACAAAUAUGAACUUCAGGAUGACUUUUCUCAAUUUUUAGAAGGCAGGGUUUCCAAUGUCAAGCUUAAUAACUUUUCUCGCUUAGAACCAACAUUCCAACUCCUGGGAGUUCAAUUCGAUCAAAAUGUGGCCCAAAAUAUUAUGACAGAAAAGCAUGGCUCUGUAACCAAACUUCUUUACCAAUUAUACAUCGCACUCCAAAAAAAGAAAAAAAGUGGACUGACUGGAGUUGCAAUGCAAACAAUGAGACCUUUAGCACCUGCAAAACUACAAAGUAUGAAGAGUGAAAUUUAUAGAGAGAGACUUAAGAACCUGGUGCCUCGACAAACUGAUUUGAAUCUAAAACGGGUUUCAGAAAAGUUUCAAGCAAAGUUUAAACAGAUGGAAGAAAAAAUUAAUCGUGUACAUUUUGAAAAUGCCCAAAAAAUUCUUACGUUAAAGGAAGAACAAAGAAUACAAGAUCUUGAAAAGCACCGCUUAGGCAGAAGACGGCAACAUGAAAUGAUGGCUAGAAUUCAAGCAGCCAUUUUACAGAUUCCCAAAGUCUUGCCAAAUCGUACUUUGAAAACUAUUGAAAGAAAUAAACUGAUGUUGAAGAAAAAAGAGGAAGAGGAUGUGCUUAAUGAAAUUAAGAAGUUUGAAGUGUUAAUAAAAAAGGAGAUUGAAGCCAAAGACAGUGGAUUAAAAGUUCCUAGUGAAUCCCAGACAGCUGCUGAUUUGUUAAGCACUUAUUCAGAUGAAGAGUACAUGAAGAAAAUUCAAAAACGCCUAGAAGAAGAUACCUUAGCUCGGGAACAAAGAGAGAAAAGAAGAAGGAAAUUGUUAAUGGAUCAGCUAAUAGCUCAUGAAGCACAAGAGGAGGCUUACAGAGAAGAACAACUCAUUAACCGUCUAAUGAGACAAUCUCAGCAAGAGCGUCGGAUUGCUGUGCAGCUCAUGCAUGUUCGACAUGAAAAGGAAGUUUUAUGGCAAAACAAAAUUUUCAGAGAAAAACAAUAUGAAGAAAGAAGACUGAAAGAUUUUCAAGAUGCUCUUGAUCGAGAAGCAGCCCUUGCAAAACAAGCCAAGCUUGAAUAUGAAGAACAAGCCCAAAAAGAAAUAGAAAUUCAUGAAAGAAUAGCAGCAGAAAGAGCUCAAGCUCGUUAUAAGAAGCAUUAUUCAAUGUGCACAGAAAUCUUGGAUGAUAUCAUUGAUCUCUCAACUAAAGUAGCAGAAUAUCGCAACUUAACGCAUAACCUUAUCCCAAUUAAAAUUAUGCGUGAUUGGAAGGAGCUGUUUUUUAGUGGAAAACCAAUUUAUGAGCAAGCCUCCAUUGACCCCAUGCCUACUCGCUUCACUCCAGAACAACUAGUAGAACUAUCCAAGAGGACUUUACUAGAUGACAAUGAUUAUGAGGAGUACAAGACGUUGACUGGAGAAUGGGCCAUCCCAGAAGAAAUGGCUGAUGCUGUCCCACCUUCCAAUAACAAUAUAUUGGGUCAUGUGCUUCGGGCAAUUAAUGAAAAAGUUAACCCUCCAAAACCAAUAACUUAUGAGUCUCAGAUCCCUUCCUUUUCAACUAAAGGAUGUAUGUUGGGAAAGACAUGUAGUGGGAAAACCAGCUGUCUGAAGAUUUUAGAAGAAGCUUUCCAUAUCGAGAUACUUUCUAUUGAUACUCUGGUUCAAGAAGCUAUUCAAGCUUAUCUUUUAAAUGAAACAACAAUUGAAAAUCCGGAGGAAAUUAAAGAAGAAGAAAAAGUUGAAAAAGAAACUGUGGUAAAUGAAAUUUCUAGUGAACCACAAGAGUCAACUUCUGAAACAACAGUACAGCCCAAAAGGGAUUCUGAGAUAGAAGAUGAGGAUCUUCUUAAAACACCGUCAAUUGUGGAAAUGAAACAAACCAAUGUGACAAGACUUAGUAACCGUGCUCAGCUUGGCGAAAAAUGUGAAAAACUGCUGAAGAAAGGAAAAAGUAUCCCUGAUGUACUACUAAUUCAAAUCAUGGUGGAGGCCAUUAAUCAAGUACCUGUAGAAAAAGGAUGGAUCUUGGAUGGUUUUCCAAUGACAGUAAAUCAAGCAAAACUUCUUGAGGAAGCCCUUACAGGGUGCAACCCAGAUCAGCAAGAACAAGAGGGAAAGAAUUACAAAUCUACAUUGGCAUCUGAUCCAACAGCUCCCAAAGAUCCCUCUUCUCCCCCACCUGCACUUGACUUUGCUAUGUUGCUGGAUAUAACUGAUACAAUGGUGCUGAAACGUGUGGUGGGAGAGAAAAGAAGUUCCCUUGAAACAUCCCAUGGAUUGGGCAUGAGAAGUCCAGAAUCAUAUCUUGAAGAUCAAGAAAAGACUGAGCUAUUGAGGGAUCAGAUACAGCACAGAAUUUUAGGUUUCUUGGACAACUGGCCAGAAUUGGAGAAAUGGUUUUCAGAAAAACAAGACAUUUUAAUCAAAAUCAAUGCAGAAGUGGAUAAAAGGGCCUUAGCCACAAAAGUACAAGAGUAUUUUAUUGCUGAACUGAGGGAAAAAGAAGCUAAAGCUAAAAAGAAAUUAGAAGAAGAAGAAGCUGAGAGGAAAAAGAAAGAAGAAGCCCUUUUGUCUGAACCUCCACCUCCACCUGCCCCGGAACCAGAGAAAGGAAUGGAGACUGAAAAGGAGACAAAAGGGAAAGGUGGAAAAGGGAAAAUUUCAGAAACGGGUAAAAGAGAGUCUCCUCCUAAAGAAGGAAAAGGAAAGAAAGGUGAAACUUCUCCCAAAGAAAAAGAAGCUGGUAAAAGAGAGUCUCCUCCUAAAGAAGGAAAAGGAAAGAAAGAUGAUACUUCUCCCAAAGGCAAAGUUUCACCUAAAGGAAAAGGAGCAGAUAAGAAAGGUCUGGGAAAGAAAUCACCUGUUGAAGAAAUAAGCCCACCUCCUCCACCUCCAGGACUACCACCAGUCAAACCAGGAUCAGAAGAAUGGGUCUAUGUGGAUGAGCCACUUCCUCCGGAAAUACCUCGAUAUUUAGUGCCUUUUUGGGAAACAAUAGAAAAUUCAUACAUAAACACAAUUAAAGCAAUACUGAGACAGAUAAGAGAUGAGAGACACAACGUGCUUUAUUAUCUACAUGACACCAGACUAAAUUAUCAGGAAUUCCUACAACGGCCGGACCACAAGCAAGAAUUUGUAUCUCAGUGGCAGGAUGAUUUUAAUAAUCUUCCUGAAGAUUUGUGGGAUGAUGAAGAAACAAAAGCUGAACUACACCAAAGAGUCAAUGAUUUAAGAGAUCGCUUGUGGGAUAUAUGUGAUACUCGAAAAGAAGAGGCAGAACAAGAACGAGCUGCUAUCAUUGAUGAAUCCUGGUUACAAGAUCAUCUUGGAAUACUCAUGAAUCAUUUCUUUUCUUUGAUGCAGGUGGAAGUUUCACGUUUCCAAGACACAAAGAGACUUCUUCAAGAUUACUAUAGGGGGAUGGAAGGCAAAAUUCCCAUUGAACUUGCUAAAAGUGGAGGCACUCGAGUCCCCCUGAUAAAUCUCGAAGAGGAAGAGGUGCCUGAAAUCUAUGCCAAAAUCCCUGUAGUUCCCAGAAAAUUUCCCUCUCUUGAAGGACUAAUGAGCAAGACCAAAAGUAGAGGAUCUCUGAAAAGAGGCACGGCUGAUUACUGCAUAGAAGUUGUUGAACUCAAAUUUGAAGUAGAUGAAAAGACUGUCAUGAAUGUGUGGCAGAAUGCAAAUACAGCAAUAAGCAACAUGGUAACUAAUGAAAUAAAUUUGAAGAAAGAUGAUGAAAGUGAAAGCAAGCUAGAAGAACCUAAAGAAAAAUCUCCUCAACAAGGAAAAGGUGUCAAAACUGUGAAGAAAAAGGAAGAGAAGAAGAAGAAAGCUCCAUCACCGGAAAUCCCUCCCGUGGUUCUUACACCAGAGGAACAAGAGGUGUUAGAAAAGCAGAAAGAAUUGAAAAUGAAAAUAAGGGAUGAACAUCUUACAGCCCUUCAUUGUGAAGCACAAGCAACACAGUUCCGACUUGAGCUAAUCAAGAACAAGACCCUAUCUUAUAUGGAAGAACUUCUAAAAAGAGCAAUAGAUGUUUACAAACUGAUGGACAAGUGGCUUGGAGCCCGAUACUUGGCAGAAAUGGCAAGUGUGGAAAAGUUAACUGAAGUGGCUCACUACCACAUUGAAACUUCAACUAAGAUUCAGUAUGAACUUAUUUUAACUGGUGAAGACUUCUUCAUCAAUGGCGAUGUGAAAGUCUUUCCAGAUCCUCUUCCUCCCAUCCGGCCUCCACCUGUGGAGAAAGAAGUAAAUACUUGUCUCACUAUCAAACAGCUCAACACCCUUCGAAAUGAAUUCAUGGAAAUGGCACCGAAAGCCAAAAUACCAUGGAAGUACUUUAAAAAAGGAAGCUCUUCAGUUGAUACCAGAAGAUAUGCUGAAGAAAAGAAAAGGCUGAGAAAUCUUGACUAUUAUCUACCUAAGAGAACCAACCAAUUUCUGAAAAUUUGGCUUAAAAAAUAUCCCUGGCUGGUAUAUGAUGACAGAUCAGACCUAAUGUUCUGUGGCUUAUGUCGCAAACAUGGGGUGAGCUCAGGAGGAAACCAAGUUAGUUUUUUUUAUGGCACUAACAACUUUAGGACUGAAUUUCUCCAAGCACAUGACAAUAGUGAAGCUCACGCCAAGGCUGCUCUAGCAGAAGCAAUGGGUGUUUCCACCUUGACUGAUGCCGCCAAAGAGCAGAUGAUAAAAAAUAGAAACAAAGUAAUCCUGGGAAGAAUAGAAAACCUUUUUAGGUCAUGUCAUGCUAUUGCCAAGACUGGGCGUCCCCUCAAAGACUUUGUCUGGAUGUGCAAACUGGACGAUAUGAAGGGUGUCGAUAUUGGCCCAAUAUUCAGAAGUAACAAGUCAGCCAGAACGUUCAUAUACUUCAUUGCUGAAGUAGAACGCAAGUCACUGAAAGAGAAACUAGAAAAAUGUAAGUUCUUCUCCCUCAUCAGUGAUAGCGGCACGGACAGCGUCAUCGAGGACAUCAAAGUCAUUUAUGUGCAGUUUGCAUAUGAGGGCAAAGUCCAUUGUCAGAUUGUUGGAGUGCAGACUGUGGACAAAAUUGAUCCAGUAGCGAUAAAAAGUGCUAUUGAGAAAACACUCGAGAUAAAUCUUCAACUGAACCUGUCCAGCUCAGACUGGUCCAAAAAACUAGUUGGGUUUGGGAGUAAUAGCACAGCUGUCAUGGUUGGAGAGAACAAUAGCGUCGCCAGGCUUUUGAAAGAAAUCCAGCCAUGUGUGCAAACAGUCCACUGUUUUGCACAUCGGCUUGAAUUAACUUAUCAAGAAGCAUUGCAGGGCAUUGAGCUAUACAAUACUGUGAAUGAUCUUCUCCAGAAUGUGUAUUAUUUUUACCAUGAUUCACCUUCAAAUAAGAAUGCUCUAAUAGCCAUCUUUGGAGAUCUUAAAAUCCGCCCCGUGAUUCCCUCUCGAGUUGGCAGCAAUAGAUGGCUCCCUCAUCUACAGACAGCUCUCCAGGUCUUUCUCAAGGGACAUUCUGCAAUUGUCAAGCAAUUGAGAACAAUACCUGAAGACAGAAGUAUCUUGGAUCAUCAGAAAGCAACGGAGCUCCUACAAUUCCUUCUCCAAGCUGAGGUGGUCAGAUUUGCUCACUUUCUACUGGAUAUAAUCAAUGUCCUCAGCAUUUUGUCCCGAGUUAAUCAGGAUAGAAAUUCAUCAAUAGGAGAUGUAUUUGCAACCCUACAAUCAACACUAGGAACCCUCAGCAUGUAUAAAAGAAGACCAGGUCCAAAGGAACGUCUGACUGAGUUUGCCACACAUUUUCAUGGUAACCAACUUAUAGGAAAUGGAAAUAUUUCUGAAGUACGGAACACAGUCUUAACAAACCUCAUAAAGCAUCUUCGUGAUUGUUUCAGUGACGCCAACCAUGAUGUGGUGAGGGCAACCACUAUUGGAAGUUUCAAAUUAUGGCCUGGAAAGAUAGAUCAAGAGUUUGGUGAGAAAGAGAUAUCAAUUCUUACAAAGCAUUAUGAACCUGUGCUGGAGGGUGCCAAUGUGAAAAUUGAUGAAGUGGACACAGAAUGGAGCAUGAUGAAAUUUGAGAUUUAUAAUAGAUUUCAGAACAUCCGAAAGUUAACAUGGGAUUUUGUGAAUUCUAUCUACUCAAUCAAGUAUCCCAACAUAUUGACCCUUGUCGAUCUAGUGCUGACACUACCUGCAAGUUCAGCUGAGGCAGAACGUGGGUUCAGUCAGAUGAAACUAACCAAAUCACAAAUGCAUUUCAAAAUAAAGCCUGAGAGCAUGACAGACCUUUUAAUAAUUCAGCUGAAUUCUCCAGACAUCAACAAAUUUGACCCCAAGGAAGCCAUCCAACUAUGGAAUACCUCUUGGCAGAGAAUUACACCUCCACCAACUGACUAUAUGAUAACUCAGUCCGAUUGCUCCUCAAACUCAGAUAGCCUUUAUGAAAGUGAUUAACAUUGUGAGGGGGAAAAAAAAACUAAAAACAAAGCUUGAACUCCAUAGUUUUUCACACAGAGUAAAGAGGUCUUCAGAAAACUGUUAUAAAAUGACCCCAUAUUGGAAGUUAAAAGCAAAUAAUCAACUAAAUUUCAUCUAGAAGAAAUGGUAUCCAGAUCUACUUUAAGUACCUUACAACUAUGAAGGCAAUGUUGCUUAAGAUGCUUUUUGCUGAAAUCGCCUGGGUUUUUGUUGGACUUGGAGUCAGGCUCUGUGAAUUUGAAUUCUGCUCUAGUCACUUGCUAGCUCUGUUGCCAGAAUCUGUUUCCUCCUCUGUAAGAAGGAAAUAACAAUAUUUACACAUGGGUUCUUAUGAUAAUUUUGUGAAAGUCCCAGUACCUUGGCUAUGGAAUGGCUAUGUUGUGUAGUAAUGGAGAAAAAGUACUGUACAUGAAGAAAAAAGACCUGAGUUCAAAUUCUGUCUUGUUACCUACUACCUGUGUAACCCCUAAAUCCCCCUGAACUUAAAACUCCUGUUGAGCUUUAUUUUCCUCUUCUGUAAAAUGAGUGAGAUGUUGAAUUAGGUAUUUUCUGUAGACCUUUCCAGAAAAUCUUCUAAAGCUUCCUCUCAAGGGCUGUUGCAACCAGAGAUCAGCACAGAAAGGACUGAGCUUCCCCUUCACAAAGACAUCACAGAUUUACAGCAGAGUUCCAAUUAAGGGCAAAUUCUAAACAAAUGUGAUUUAGGUACUUAAUCUCCCAGGAUCUUAUUGUCAAGAGAAUUUCUAUUAUAUCCCGCUGUCAAAUUCACAAAUGCAUCUCUUUGGUUUUCCAUUAUCUUUAUGGAAAUCUUUUUUUGGUAUGCUCUAUGACAUGAAUUGUCUUUUUGAGCUCCCUGGAGGGAAAAACACAUGAAUUUAAAAUAUCAUUACUCUUCUAGGGGGAGGGAAAAGGAUUCAUGGGCUGCACUCAAAUGACCAUUCACUUCUGAGUGGUCUUGUUAAUAAUCAGAGGAAGAGAAGAUUAUCGUUUUUCCAUCCAAGAAAUUUCAAGUUGAGCAAGCAAUUUGAAUUCCUAAAAUUUAAAAGUUAUUUCACUUUUCCAAAAAGUAUCAGAAAAUAACAGAUUUAAGAAACUAAGACAAGUUGAUCAUUUAAAAUGUAGCAUCUCUGUUUCACUCUUUUCAUUUCUAAACCAAGAACAUCUAUGUGCUUUGGACCUAAAAAGACCCCUGAUUACCCAUAGGAUCCCUUCCUGGCUACCAAAGGUACUCUGUGAUGUAUUAUCAAUUAUUUUCUGUUGUAAUUAAUUCAAUUCUCCUUUUAUUUUUAAUGCAUGUGCAUGAAAAACAAUCAGCUCUUAAGGAUAGUGAUUUUAGCUGGGCAUAGGAGUACACAACUUUAGGAGGGCUAAAAAAAAAAAUAAGCAUGCUUUUCUUUCAUGUGGUAUGUGGAAAUGUUUAGCUAAUAAAUUUCUUCAUCAAGCAAAUACUUUUCAUUCUAAUAAUUUAAAAAUGAGAUCAAUUCCUUUAUCUGUGGAAAGCAAGUACAUUAUGAUACAUGGGAUUAGGUGAGGUUGAAGUGUCUACUUAGAACAUAAUAGUCAUUUGCAUGCAUGUAAGCCAUUCAACUAGGCCAAAGAAGCUAAACUCAAGUAACUUUCCAACAAUUAAAAAAAUCUAAGAAGGCAUAUGGAAUAUGGGAAUGGAUGCUCAAUACAUAAAACAUAGAAUGCGACUGAAUUCUUAAAAUACUGGCAUUUUUCACUUUUAAGAGAGCAACUUAAGAGGGAAUUUUUUAUCUUUUGUUUCAGAGAGGUUACAUAUUUAAAUAUUACAUAUUUCAAACAUAUAUUAAUCAUCCAUUUAAGUAUUUCUUAUAUUCUAGGGCAGGAAAAGAUCCAUGUAAUAUAAUU